GGUGUGCGCGUCACUUCCGGGCGUGGGCCGCUUUAUGCGCGGCCCGUUUCCGGCGUGCGAGUUCCCGAGGCCACUUGUCUUCCGUGUCUCUUUUGCCUGGUCUCCGGUGUCUUCUCCCUGCGCGGCCACAUCGUCGCCGGAAGGGUGCUUUCCCCGCCCUUGCAGUCAAGUUGCAGCGACCCGGCAGGGCCGCCAAGGGCCACGUGGCGCCGGUGAGGCGGCUCCAGCCGGCCAGGGGUUUCCCGCGCGCGCAGCCUGGCAGCCCGGCGCUCCUCGCUAUUCCCGGCCCGUUUGGGGGCCCCGGAUUUCCCCCUAGGCAAGCGUGGCCCCCGACGGCAUGAGGUCCGGGUCCAGCGCUUUCGGUUCUCGGAGGAGCCUGGCCUGGGGGCCGAGGGGGCCGUACUGGAGGUCAGCGUCCCGCAGGUGCUGCAUCUCCAGUAUGGGAUGUAUGUUUGGCCCUGUGCGGUGGUCCUGGCUCAGUACCUGUGGUCUCACAGAAGAUCCCUGCCAGGCAAGGCUGUCUUAGAGAUUGGAGCUGGAGUGAGCCUUCCAGGAAUUAUGGCUGCAAAAUGCGGUGCUGAAGUGAUCUUGUCGGACAGUUCAGAGCUGCCUUACUGUCUAGAAAUCUGCCGGAAAAGCUGUGAAAUGAAUAACCUGCCCCAGGUGCGUGUCAUAGGACUGACAUGGGGCCAUGUAUCUCAGGAUCUUCUGGCUCUACCACCACAAGAUAUUAUUCUUGCAUCUGAUGUGUUCUUUGAACCAGAAGAUUUUGAAGACAUUUUAACUACAGUCUACUUUUUGAUGCAAAAAAACCCCAAAGUCCAGUUGUGGUCCACUUACCAGGUAAGAAGUGCUGACUGGUCACUUGAAGCUUUGCUCUACAAGUGGGAUAUGAAAUGUGUCCACAUUCCUCUGGAGUCUUUUGAUGCAGACAAAGAAGAUAUAGCAGAAUCUACCCUCCCAGGAAGACAUACUGUUGAAAUGCUGGUCAUCUCCUUUGCAAAGGACAGUCUCUGAAUUACACCUACAUACAGGCUCUUCUGGGACAAUGUCAAUACUAAUUAGCAACCUGGCAUGCCAACUAAGACUCAGACCACUUCAGCUUCUUGGGAGUACAAGCACUGAAUAUGGUCUCAUCUGUUGGCCUUAAAGAUGGUGGUGGGUCACCUCAACACUCAUGGGUUACAAAGCCAUGAAAAAAAUUUUUACACCUGUAAAAAAGGGAUUUGGAUUGUUCUUUAGAAAAAAAAAAAAAAACACAGCAUAAAUUAAGCUGAGAGACGGGGGUACCCACAACCUCAAGAAAGUGCUACCUUAGAGCAUUGAUUUUAGGGGUUAUGGGUGCUGAAAUGGCAUUUCCAAUUUUUAACUUAGGAAAAGUCAACUACUACACAUUUCACUUUCAUACUGUACAGUCAGUAACAAUUCACAAGGUAAUUGCACAGGUCUUUCAAAUAAAGGGGGGAAAAAAGACCAAGACAUAUUCUGAGAAAAGCUAACACCAAGAAAACGUUUUAAUUAAACUACAGAAACAAUGGUUAUAGUACAGAAUUUUCAUGAGCAAAAAGAUACACCAUGUUAUAAGUACUUACAAAGUUACAAACCAUUUUGCUUCCUUAACAUUUUCCAUAUUUUAAGUUCAUACAUGAAGAUGAUCAGAUAUACCAUUUUGGGGAAAGGGGGGGGAAAAAAGGUGUAUUUAUCAUCAGCUAGAUGUGCUCACUGUAUGCUCCGUUAUUUAUAUGCAAGGCCCGGGUGACUGGAAGUGCAGUUGUCAGGCAUUUUAAUAAACUGGACAGCCAUUUGUUUCUGCACGACAAGGCAUCUUUACACAGGAGCAAUCAGGAGAAAACAGGAAACAGCCAAGCACUCUGCACUGCAACACGCCACCUUAACAGCUAACCAGCAUUACUCAACUGCUACACAACUGCGCCUAGUGCACAAAAAUACACAAGAGAAGAGAUUAGAAUUGUGUUUGGUAAACAAUCCUUUUCAAAAAAUCAAGUCUUUUCACCUGAAAAGUCUUUAUACAAAUUUGGGUUCAGAUUACCACUUAGAUCUGAAGGUAAAUAACAUAUACAAACAAAUUUACACCAACUUUUGUAGGUUUUUAAUUUUAAGGAAUGAAGGCAAUGUUGAGUCAAUCUCUUGACAGCUUUAGGCUGUGUGUAAUGGCUGCACACGUUUCCUUAAAAGUCAGGAGGCCACAAAUUAGGUUACCAAUCUGUUUAAUUUCAAACAAAAAAAGUCAGCACUAUAUAAACAAAAAGGAAAAUUUACCUCAAAUAUCCAAGCCAAUAAUGAAAUCUGAAGUCGUUCACCUCACUAAAUUACAAGAAAUUUGAAUAACAGCAACAAAAUGGCACAUAGAAUGAAGUUUGCCACCUGAGGCAAAGCUUAAAACAAGUAAAAAGUUAGACAAAUGUUACAAAAUAACCUUUUCAAUAGCCAGUUGCUUGUUCCAAGGUCUCUUCGAUGGACUGAGUGUGUGGUCCUUUUCCCCCAAGUCUUCUGUUAUGUUGCUUGUUGACCCAUCUAGGUUUGAAAAGAAAAAAGUUCAGUUUAUCUUCCAUUACAAUGAAGUUAACCGAAAGUGCACAUGGUUUCAGUUUCAGGCAUGUACUUACUAAGGCUCUGGUGAAACAAGUAGGUUACGGAAAGGUUCCACCCAGCCAUUAAUUAUAAAGGCCCAAUUAGGAAAUUUUCACAAAGGCUACCAUCCGCUUUUACAAAUUUGUGUUUAUGCAAUCUUGGCCUAAUAACCAAGGUGAAAAAUGAUAUAAGGGAGGGAAAAGGGGGGAAAAAAAGAAAAAAAAAAAAGGACGGUAUCCAAACAAAAACAACUUGAAA